AUGUUCCGCCUGCGACUACCAGUGGCGACAUUGGCCCUGCGGCCUGGUGUUCCAUCCCAUCAGGCCAUCAGGCCGCUUCUAGCUUCGACGCGGCAGCGCGUGAAGCAUGGAGCUGUCGUGAGGAAGGUGUGGGAAAGCACCUCGCCAAUUAUUGACGAGAAGGAUAAGGAUGACGGCCAUAUCGGCGUCAAGCCCAAUGAGACUAUCAUAUUCUUCGACAACCUCUUCCCUCUCAAACUGUCAAGCAUCCUCAACCGGGUAUGGAAGACAGACAGAGAUAUGGCCCAGGUUCUUCAGCGGUUCGAGACUUCAUCGCUCGGCAUCAUGGACCCUAUUCGUCUCGUGAAGAACGCGAUCCCCAAAGAUAUGCAACUGCGGGCUACAGAGAUUCUGCCGCGGCUCAAGGACGGUGGCGCUUUUGUCAAGUUUGAGCACUCAGCUGCUCUGGAUGUUGGCUCUACUGAAGAAACGUUGAUCAACAAGCUUAAUGACCGACCCAUCAAACCAUGGUUCAGCCCCUUCCGUGGCAUCAAGGCACAUCUUGUCCGAGGAACACCCUGGCUGGAGGACCUUUAUCGGUACCCUUCGAACCUUGUCAAGAUUGAAUUUGUCGCACCCGAGCCUGGGGCCGAACCCAUGGAACUGUCCGAAGAGAAGCUCUACACACUGUUCCGCCGCUAUGGCAAGAUUGCGGACAUCAUUCCCCAAGCUCAGGACAACAAGGCUACACCGAGGUUCGCUUACCUGGCCUUUCCUAUGAUGCGUGACGCCAUCAUGGCGCGGAACUGUAUGCAUGGCUUCGUCGUCGGCGAGGCCCUAGGCGGUGGGAAGAUGGGCACCAGGCUGCGAAUGUCCUAUGAAAAGCGUGUCAAGGCGCAUAGUAUCUGGAAUUGGCUCACAAAUCACCCUCGUAUCGUAGUGCCCGCGAUUGCAGCGCUCAUCGCCGGUAUCUCAGUCAUCGUCUUCGACCCUAUCCGCCAGUUCUUCAUCGAAUUGCACAUCCAGCACUCCCUACGUUUCACUGAAUCGAGGGUGUACAAAUGGUUCAAAUCGCAGACCGACCAACUCAACAUCACCAAGAAGUCGUCUCCCCACGAUGACCUCAGCGCCGUCUGGAACCAUCGCCGGGACCUGAUCGAUCAGCUGCGAAGUUGGCUCGAUGGGAGCUCCGACACGUUCAUCGUAGUGACCGGCCCGAAGGGCUCUGGCAAAAAGGAGAUGGUCAUGGAUCAGUCACUCGAAGGUCGGAAAGAUGUCCUGACGAUUGACUGCCGACCUAUCGUCGAGGCUCGCGGAGAAGCUGGCACGAUCCGCAGACUUGCGGCCGCUGUCGGGUACAGGCCCAUUUUCUCGUGGGCAAACAGCAUGAGUAGUAUGAUUGAUCUGGCCGUGCAGAGCACCACGGGCGUCAAGGCUGGCUUCUCCGAAACUCUCGAAUCACAACUGAACAAGAUCCUGUACACGACGACUGCAGCCUUGAAGAAAGUCUCACUGUCUGGUCGCUCCAAACGGGACAAGGAUGCCAACCUUUCAGAUGAUGCCUACCUAGAGUCGCAUCCUGAACGCCGACCAGUUAUCGUUAUUGAUAACUUCCUACACAAGUCCGAGGACAAGGGCAUUGUCUACGAGAAGGUAGCAGAGUGGGCAGCCUCAGUUGUGCAGAACAAUAUUGCUCACGUCAUCUUCCUCACAAAUGAUUCUUCCUACACCAAAUCUCUGGCUAAGGCUCUCCCGGACCGUGUCAUUCGCUCGGUAUCGCUGGGAGAUCUCGACCCAGAUGUGGCAAAGAACUUUGUCAUGAGCCGUCUGGAUGAAGAAGCCGCGGCAGACGAGAAAGAGAAGAAGAAGGAGAAGCGUGAUGGUGAAGAAGUGAAGCCCACCAAGCUCGACUUGGCAGGACUUGACGAGAGCAUUGAGACCAUGGGCGGCCGCCUCACGGAUCUCGAGUUCCUCACCCGCCGCAUCAAGACUGGACAAACCCCCAAGCAGGCUGUUGACGAGAUUGUGAACGAAACCGCCUCCGAGAUUGUCAAGAUGUUCCUCUUGGGUAAGGCCAGUGGCGAGGAGCGCAAGUGGUCUACUCAGCAAGCCUGGGUUCUUGUCAAAUCGCUGGCCAAGGAGCCUACGCUUCGCUACCACCAAGUCCUCCUCUCGCCCGCUUUUACGAGCUCCAUGACACAAUCUGCCAAGGACGGGGAGACUGCCCUCGAAAGCCUCACAAACUCGGAGCUCAUUGCUGUGCAGUACACGCGGGGCCGCCCCACGACCAUCACCGCAGGCAAACCAUUGAACCAAGCGGCAUUCUCUGUCCUCCAAAACGACCGUGUCUUGCGUGCAAAGAUGGACCUGGCUGUUCUGACGGAGAAUGCCAAGGUCGAGGCGCAGAGCAUUGACAAGUACGAGAAGGAGCUCUCACUGCUCGGCGGCUUGCCCAAGCAGACUAAUGAGACUACCUCGCGUAUCAACUACCUGCUGGGCAAGAUGAACAGCAGCCAGGACAAGAUUGUCCAAUUCGACAGUGAGAUGAGCGACCUCAAGAAGAUUCUGAACAAGGAGUACUAG